AGCUGGCCUCUUCUCUCUCUCUCUCUCUCUCUGGAGUUGAGCCUGCAACUCUGCACAUCUUUAAUCAGAACUUUCUCUCUCUAAAAGAAAGCUUUAAAACCAUGGCAUUAACGAUGAGCUCAACCGUUCCGGCUCACAAUCUUAACAAAUUUCAGUACUCUCGGCAAGCCAGCUUCAACUGCAAUGCCUCGCUGUUGAGGACUAGUAUGACUAUUAGUGCACGGACUGUGAAAGCUGUUGCAUCUUCAAGCACUGAGAUGACGAGAAAGCAUCUUUCGAACCUUGACAAGUUGCUGCAGAAGCAAUCGGAGGCCGUUCCGCCGGACCCGGCGCCGGUUUUGAUGGAGAGGAGUAAUGGGUUGAAGGAGAAUCAGGGCAGGAACCUUCUGGAAGGGCUGAAUUUGUCGAGGAUUUGGCCGGAGAUGAAGGCGGCGGAGGAGAUGUCCCCCCGCCACUUGAACAGGUUGCAGAGGCUCUUGUCCAUGUCCAAUCAGGAAUAUUCCCCGAGAAACACUCUGGGUAGCCGCUGGAGGGAUUAUCACGGCCGGAAUGACUGGGCGGGUUUGCUUGACCCGCUCGACGAGAAUCUCCGGCGAGAGCUGAUCCGCUACGGCGAGUUUAUUCAGGCAGCCUAUCAUUGUUUCCACUCGAGCCCCGCCACGUCAGCAGAGGAGGGGCCAUCUCACCCACGUGACGUGGCAUUGCCGGACAGGUCAUAUAAGGUGACCAAGAGCCUCUACGCCACGUCAUCCAUCGGUUUGCCUAAGUGGGUGGAUGACGCGGCGCCGGAUCUCGGGUGGAUGACCCAGAGAUCCAGCUGGAUGGGGUACGUGGCCGUGUGUGAUGACAGGAAUGAGAUUCAAAGAAUGGGAAGGCGAGAUAUCGUGAUCGCCCUUAGAGGGACCUCCACGUGUCUUGAAUGGGUUGAAAAUGUCCGAGAUUUACUCGUUCAAAUGCCAGGUCAGAAUGAUCCAUCCCAGGUACAAGCGAAAGUGGAAUGUGGGUUUUUGAACUUGUACCAAACAAGUGGAGAAAAUAUCCCAAGCUUAGCUCAGUCAGUGGUGGAUGAAGUCCAAAGACUAAUAGAACAGUACAAAGGUGAACCAUUAAGCAUUACAGUGACAGGGCAUAGUCUUGGUGCAGCCUUGGCCCUAUUGGUGGCCGAUGAGCUGAGUACAUGUACACCCGACGCGCCCCCCGUCGCUGUUUUUUCCUUCGGAGGCCCCCGAGUGGGUAACCGAGGCUUUGCUAAUCGCCUUGACGCCAAAAACGUCAAGGUAUUAAGAAUAGUUAAUAAUCAAGACGUAAUCACAAAGGUUCCAGGCAUGUUCGUGAAUGAAUCUCUCGAUAAGAAAUUACGAGAAUCAGAGGUAGCAACCGGGCUACUAAACAUGCUAGACGAUAGCAUGCCAUGGGCAUACUCACAUGUCGGAAUAGAGUUAAGAGUCGAUACAACAAUGUCACCAUUUCUAAGACCGGACGCAGACGUAGCGUGUUGUCAUGACUUGGAGGCGUAUUUGCACCUGGUGGAUGGAUUUAGGGCUUCAAACAGUCCUUUUAGGUCAAAUGCCAAAAGGAGUCUUGUGAGGCUGGUAAAUGAACAAAGAUCUAAUAUCAAGAAAUUGUAUACAAGUAAGGCAAAAGGCUUAAGUAGCCUAAAACUUGAGAGAGAUUAUAGUCAUCUUAUUGCCCAAACCUGUUUGCCUAGUCCAUCCUGAUACAGUUAGGGAAGGAAUAUGUAUCAUUCUUGUACAAAUUAUUUUUGAAAUUGGUAUUAAGAAGUGGUACAUGUUUAA